UUAUAUGUCAUUUUUCAGUUCUAAAUCAAAGCUGUGGAAAUGGGCCAUUGUUGCGGCUGGUGAAAGGAAGCUGUGAGGAUGUGACAAGGACGAGAGCCGGGGGGAGAAAUUCAAGGAUACAGGAGUUCUUUCAUUCUCUUUGAAUGCUGAGGUCAGUGGUUGACCCCCAGAAGAGAGGAGGUGAAGUGGUGACAAUGUGGAUUCCCACACCCAGUAUGACUCUCCCUCAGCGGAUGGUGCUGUAUGGGACGUGUAUCGUGGCACUGAUGAACUCUAUAGGCCUUCUGGUGCUCUUGGUCCAGCAGAAUCAGCAGUGUGCCAGGCUGGAGCAGACAGAGGCACGGCUGAUGGAGGUGGAGCAGAGCUCGGUGGUGGAGUUUCUUCAAGAGGUGCCCAGAGGAGCAGCAGGACUGCGGGCGAGCGUGGGGGAACAGCCACAAUAUCAGUACCAAUACUCCAGGAACAAGAGGAGCAAAGAAGUGGAAAAGGAGCUACAGCAGGAGCUGCAGGAGAUUCGCCAGGAGGAGGGAAAGGAGAUCAGUGAGCAGGAUGCCAGCCAGGAGGUCGGAGAGGAAACCGAGAAGAGGACGAAGCACGAGAAGCACAAGCAGCGGCACAGCCAGCACUACCACAAGGCGCACGUGCAGGACGACAUGAUGAUGAUGAUGACAUACUCCAUGGUCCCGAUCAAAGUGCUGAUUGAUAUCUGCAACAGCACCAGGGGAGUCUGCAUAGCUGGCCCUCCAGGUCCGCCGGGUUUGCCUGGUGCAGAUGGCCUGCCUGGACACAAUGGGACUGAUGGCAUCCCAGGACUGAAUGGACUUCCUGGGGCUGAUGGGAAAAGAGGAAGAAAAGGCCCACCAGGUGAGAAAGGAGAACCAGGAGAAAGAGGGGAGCAAGGAGAGUCGGGCCCACCCGGAGAGAAGAGCCAACCAUCCAAUGAUGCCAUUAUUGAGGGUCCACCUGGGCCUCCAGGACCACCUGGGCCUAUGGGUCCUCCUGGCCCGCCUGGGCCUCAGGGGCCUCCCAGAAUAGGGCACCGCAGAGCUCACCUCCAAGCUUCUCAUAAUCAGGGGCUACAUGCAAUUCCAAAUGAUGAAACCUCACCUGUAAAGGAGACAGAAAAACUACACGAGAAGCCUGCCAAAAGGAACGACUGCCUGAUUAAGUCUCUGAUCAACCCCAGAAAUGUGACAAAGAUGAAAACCACAUUUGGCACAUGGAUGAAGGACACCGCUCAGCUGAACGAUGAGCGAAUAUGGGUGGCGGAUCACUUUUCUGGUCGCAUGCUGAAGGAGUACAAAAGCAUUUCCUUCUUCCAGAAGAACAGCAGCGACACCAUAGACGUUAUAAAGUACUAUCAAGGCUGCGGCCACAUCGUUCACAAUGGUUUCUUUUAUUAUCAUGCUGCUGGCACUCCCAGCAUUGCCAAAUUUGACUUCAGCACCAGAAGACUUCAGACUCUCACUAUUGAAAACUCUUUGUACAACAACCUCGCCUACCUGCUCCCCAACUCUAAGACCUACUUCAAGCUGGCAGCAGAUGAGAACGGCCUGUGGCUGAUCUUUGCAUCCAAUGUUGACGAGAGCAUCAUGGUGGCCCAGCUGGACCAGAAGACCUUCUCCGUCACAUCCUACGUGAACACCACCUACCCUCGCAUCAAAGCCGGCAACGCCUUCAUCGCCUGUGGCGUCCUGUAUGUCACCGACACCAAGGACACCAGAGUCACCUUUGCGUUUGACCUGCUGAAGGGAAAGCCGGUCAAUGUGACCUUUGACCUGAGGUCUGCUGGUGAAGUGCUGGCAAUGCUCUCCUACAGCCCAAAGGACAGACACCUGUAUGUUUGGGACCACAGCUACGUCAGGCUGUAUGUGGUCCACUUCAUCUCUGAUGAGUGAGAAACAUGAUGUCCGAACACGACUGUUACAGUAAAUACUGAGAACAAAACGCCUGCAGACUUUCAUCUAUUCACUGCAUCUGAAAACUGAUAACACAAGAGUGACAUACAGUGUGUGUGUCACUGUUUUAAAUAUAUUGUCCUGUGUUACUUUUGUGUUAAGUGAAAUUGUAAUUGACCGUCAAACUAUUUCACUAAAGUAAAUAUGGUUUUGGUUAACAAGAAGUUUGCGCUGUUGCCUCACAGCUAGAAGGUCCUGGGUUUGAAUCCGCCACCUGGCCAGGGCCUUUCUGUAUGGAAUUUGCAUGUUUCCCCCAUGUGUGUGGGUUCUCCCCAUGUAGUCCAGCUUCCUCCCACAGUCCAAAGACAUCCAGUUAGUGGGGUUAGCUCAACUGGCAAUUAUAAAUUGCCCAUAGGUGUGAAUGUUUGUCUGACUAUCUGUUAGCCCUGCAGCGACUGCUGACCUGUCCAGGGUGUAUCCGUCCUUUCGUGGAAGAAAAUGUAUGAAUGGAUGGAUGAAGGAAGUGCUGUAUUUACUGUACAUGGAGUUUUCAAAGGACACAAGACUUACUAAUAGUGUGAAAACUUAUCAUUUUUUAUCAGCUGGCAGUUUAUGCCAAUCAAACCUAUAACUCAACUUUUGUUGCCAUUUGCGUUUUUUUGCAUGGUGGUCACCACUGCUUGAUUUUUAUACAGAUGUAACUCGUGAUGUCCCUGUCCCUUCUUUCUGUACAUAUAGACAAACCUGCCUUUGUAAGGAAGCAGCACAGCUCUCUGGCUGCACAAGAUAAUAAAAAAAAAAGAAAAAAAAAAAA